UUUUUUUUAAGUCCAUUGUCUAACGAGCAUAAAAGAGGCAACUCGCAACUAGGAUACUCAUUUAAAAAAAACUAGAAAAACGAGUCUAAUAAAAACAAUAUUAGUGAAUAUACUUCAAAAAGACAUCAAGAAGUCGGAGGGCCUUUUCUCAAUAUGUCGUCUCAUCGAAAAAAGUCUGAAAACCUGAGAAAGAAACUGACCAAGUCUGAGGAUACCCUGCUACUUAACGGAUUGUCACUCAACAAUUCCCACCUGGACAUCAAUCCAAAGACUUUAGAGAAAUGCAUGGACCUCUCCUGCUCCGAUUUAGAGGAGACAUUGCUGUUGCAAUCAAGAAUAAAAGAACAAGCCCAUUUGAUUUGUGUACUAAAAGAGAAGUCAGAUGAGCUGUUCAAACAAUGCAAAACCCUCCAGCAGGUCAAGGCCCAGCUGGAGAAACAACUUGACAGCUGUCAGAAAGACGUUAUACAAAAGCACCAAAGAGCGGAGCUGGUGGAAAAAAGAUUUCUGGAUUUAGAUGCCAACAGCCAAGCGAUUAUUGCGUUCAUGGAGGAGUACAAACGGCAGAAUGUGCAGCUGAAGCAGGAAAACAAGCAGCUGCAGGCGGAAAACGACAGGCUUUUCUCACAAAAGUUACACGAUAAAGAGGUUAUCAUUCAAAAUCUAACAAAGAAAAUCAAAGCAUUGACAGAGGAGUUCACCACUAAGGAGACUGCUUAUCAAGAGCGUCAAGAGAUGGCGUCGUCCUACCUCGAACAACUGAGCAAAGCCCAGCAGCAGCAGGAGGUCACAGAAGAAAUGUUGAAAGGUCAACAACUCAGUCCCAUAUAUCUGCACAUGACGUACCAAGGCACUCUGGAACUUUUGUCUUUUUCCCCAUCAGCUGUAAAACUGAAACUUCAAACCAUCGAGGAGGAGCACGCGUUGAAGGAAGCUACACUGAAUAAAAGCAUCUUAAGUCUCACCAAAGAGAAGGAAAAAGUGCUGCGUACUUCUGUGGAACAAGAGAACAUCUUACAGAAGAAGCUAAAAGAACUCCAGCUUCUUGAGCUGCACUCUAAAGAACUGAAGAAAGCCCAAUUAAAAGCAGAGGAACGGUUUAAACAGCAAGCACAUGCAGUUAACGCAGAUAAAAGAGUCAGAUCGCUCAAGUCGGCCCUAGAAGAAGCCAGGACCAAGUACGAGAUGCUUCAAAAGGUUUGUUUUGAAGAUAAAAAGACUCACAUCCCAUCAUCAAUGUUCAUAUUGGUAUUUUACAGGAUUUCGAGGCAUUCAAAGAACACAGCAACAGUCUCCUCACUAAGGAAAGAGAGCUCAACAAGAUACUGAGACACUUGAGGAGCUAAACCAUUCGAAACAAUCAGGGCACCCAAAACAAAGACCCAAAGAAAGAGUAUUGCUGUAUGACAACGUCACCUUUACUCUCAUGCCAAGCUUUUCGGAACAAUACAAACCACAAGAUACUCAGCGUGACAGGUCAGAAGUUCCUCAAAUAGAAAUAAGACUGUACAAAUCAGAGAGACUUCUAACCCACGCUCAUUUAAGAGUGUUCCUCUGCCAGUUUCUCUGCCUUUUGGACCACUUCUUCGAUGGGACCCACCAUGUAGAACGCCUGUUCGGGCAAGGCGUCGUAUUCCCCUGAACAACAGUUAGAAAAGGAAAGUUUUAAUCGGUUUAGUCCAUUGUGGGAACAAAUUCCUGUGCGGCACUACCUGCUAGAAUGCUCUGGAAUCCUUUGAUUGUCUCCUUGAGAGGCACCAGCUUUCCCAUGUGGCCAGUGAAGACCUCAGCUACCUGGAAAGGCUGCGACAGGAAACGCUGGAUCUUGCGAGCACGAGCGACGGUCAGCUUGUCUUCCUCGGACAGUUCGUCCAUGCCCAGAAUAGCGAUGAUGUCUUGUAGUGACUUGUAGUCCUGGAAAAAAGGAGACCUCAUUAGACCUUGUUUUUGUUCAUCAUUAAAAUAAAAAAUGAUGCAAGUCU